GCUGCUGGCAGGCGUUCCAGAUGUUGAGUGUUUCCUCCGUCCUGCUGGAGCCGACAGGAACAGGUGAAUCAGGCCUCAGGUGAUGCUGUGGCGCCGGCUGUCGGCAGCAGAGGGUCUGCUGAUGUCAGAAGAUCUGAUUCGACGUGGACUCACUCCAUCUGCUCCUCUCUGAUUAUAACAAGUCAUCUCCAGCCCAAAGAUCUAGUUCACACCGACGGCGUUUCUCCUCCACGUGAGCUGACGAAGACGAUGCUCUGAUUCAUCCGUGUGUGUGUGUGUGUGUGUGUGUGUGUGUGGUAUGAGUGAAUCAGGGAUGCUGCCUUCCUCCUCUUCCCUCCUUCCUCCUCCUCUUCUGUCGUGACGUUGGAUCAGGAGGAAACACCACAAACAGUCCGGAGAUAUUCUGAGAUCCUGCCGAGUUGUGAGUGACUCAGAGGGAAAUACCUCUGUGGACGGAGGGAGGAGUUUAUCUGCUGGAGGUAUAAUUACUGUCAGAGAGCAGAGAGGGAGAGCAGAGUGACCCGGCUCAGUGUUUGCUCAGAUUCAGAACCAGAGAGGACCGGAACCAGCACCAGAAUCUCCAACAUGACAGACUGACAGACCAGAACCUCCGGACCCAGCUCCAGCCUCUUAACUGCUUCAUCUGCAUCUCCACAAAACCCUGGCUUUGGGUUCUAACUUCAGACUGCUGUCAGAACCAGAACCCGUCUGGAUCGGCCCGUCCUGCUGCCAACUCUUCCCUCAGACCGGACCAGCAGCCGCUGGUCUAACUGGACACAUUAGUCCUCUGCAUCAGACCCGUUCAGGAUGUUUUCUUGGGCUGCGCUGCUCUUCGCCGUUCCCGUCUUUCUUCUGAUCGGCGCCUCGCCCCUGGAGGUCGCUCCGUCCUCCGCCUGCCCCUCCUGCUCUCUGGCUCAGCUGAGGAAGAACUUGUCUUCGUCCACCGCUCAGGGCGACAUGGUGGAGGCCGUGAAGCGUCACAUUCUGACCAUGCUGCAUCUGAGCGCCCGGCCCAAUCUGACCCAGCCGGUUCCUCGUGCGGCGCUACUCAACGCCAUCAAGAAGCUGCACGUUGGGCGGGUUACUGAAGACGGAGAUGUGGAGAUACCGGAGGAAAGUUCGGGUCCGGGGACCUCAUUCGCACCUGAACCUCCAUCAGAGCUGAUCAUCUUUGGAGAGCCAGGAGACUCUCCGAACACCGUGACCUUUGACGUGUCGAAGGAGGGCGACGCUGCCAAAGUGGAGCAGGCCAAUGUUUGGAUAUUCUUGAAGAUGUCAAAGGUCAAUCGGAUCCAAAGUAAAGUGAUGCUGCAGCUGCUGUGGACUUGCCGCGAUGGUGGCUCCUACAAGGACGAGUUUGUUUCAGAGAAGAUGGUGGACAGUCGGCGCAGCGGCUGGCACACGCUCGCCGUGACGCACGGCGUUCAGGCGCUGCUGGAUGGUGGCGGCAGCUCGCUCAGCCUGCGGGUCUCCUGCCCGCGCUGCGCCGAGGUUGGGGCAGCACCCAUCCUCACAUCCGGUGACAGAGCGAAGGCGACGGACCGGGAUCAGUCCCACCGGCCGUUCCUCAUGGUGAUGCUGCGGGCCGAAGAGGAGGAGCCUCAGCGCAGGGUCAGGCGAGGUCUGGAGUGCAACGGAAAGACCCACGGUUGCUGCAAACGGCAAUUCUACGUCAACUUCAAAGACAUCGGCUGGAGCGACUGGAUUAUAGCUCCAUCCGGUUACCAUGCCAACUACUGCGAGGGGGAGUGCCCCACCCACACGAGCGGCUCGGCACUGUCCUUUCACUCAGCGGUCAUCAGCCACUACCGUCUGCGCGGCUACGCGCCGUUCCAGAACAGCAAGUCGUGCUGCGUGCCGACGCGGCUGCGCGCCAUGUCCAUGCUCUACUACAACGAGGAGCAGAAGAUCGUCAAGAAGGACAUCCACAACAUGAUCGUGGAGGAGUGCGGCUGCUCUUAGAGCAUCCUUCCCAUCAGCACUCAGGUUCUCGCUGCUGCUCCACAUUGGAGCGAGCCAGAACAUUUGCCUUGGACCGGCCGAUUGUUCUGAUCCAGAGGAACCUGAGGUUCCGACCGGAUGGAGGCCCAUCAUCGUAGAGUAUUCUAACAGCUGCGUGAGGCACAGGGAGACCUGACCCGGAAACCUUCUGGACGAUCUCACAUUCAGACCAAAAACAAGCCAACGAUCAAAGUUUGUCCCGUUUUUUAAAAAUCAAAAUGAGACAAAAAUCUGAAAAACACCUGAACUGUUUCCGGGUCUGCUCUAAUUUAUUUGCAUCAUUUUGUCAUUAAACUGUGAUCCAACA